GGUUUUUUAGCCAUUUUUGAUUCGAAUCUUCUCUAUGUCCAUGAUUUUUUGGUUCGAUCGAUUGUUUGUCUUUGUCUGCUAAUGGACCGAUAAUCAUGGACAUAGGGAAGAUUCGAACCAUAAAUCGUGGAGAUUACCGACACGAUCGUGGACAUUGGCUGCCUAGUUCAAUGUCCACGUUUUGUGGACAUGUAGGCGCUUCAAAAUAAAGUAACAGCUAAAUCCCGGGCCUGGAACGAACACAGCUGACUUUUUUGUUUCUUUCCUUCCAUCAUCCAUGAUCCAUGACUUAUAAUUCUAAAUAUGGUGGAUACUCUCUUAUUAUGUGAUUGCACGUAUAACAUGAGGUAAAAAACGAAACGAUGGCGUAUGAUUUGAAAAAUGAGGAGGAAGUGAAGGAGUACUUGAAGAAUCUUCACAUAGAAUAUCAAUUCGGCUGUUACAACGAGAAAAAGCCAGAGGUAUGUCACUUGCUUGGUGAUUUUUACGAGGCAGUAAAAAUGGAAAUAGAGAAGGCUGCUUCAUUAUACAAGACGACCUGCGAUCAGUAUAAUUACGCCAGAAGCUGUGCGAAAUUCGGCGAUUUUAAAGUAAUCGGAAAAGGUUGCAACAAGGACAUACCGACAGGGUAUAAGUAUCUAUCAAAAAGCUGUGAGCUCAAUGAUGAAUAUGGCUGUCUGCAUGCUGGUGUCUUGGGAACGUCCAAGUCCGACGUCGGAGAAAAAGACAGAGCCACCCAGAUUCAUGCAGGUGCCAAGUAUCUGAAGAAGGCUUGCGACAUGUACAACAUGGACAAGGCCUGUUUCUACUUAUCGGGUAUUUAUCUAGGAGGUUUAGAGAACGUCAUCGAGAAGAACUACAAAGAGGCAUACAAGCUAUCGUUAAAGAGCUGCGAGCUCGGUAAUCCGUACGCUUGCGCGAACUUGUCUCAGAUGCACACACGCGGAGAAGGCGCGCAGAAGAAUCCUGAGCUUGCUGCAAUCUUCAAGAAACGUGCCACCGAUUUGUACGAGGAACUGACACGAUCGCAGAAAGAAUUGAAGUUUCAUCAGGGCAUAGACUCGUAACGUUUAACUUCACGAUAUGGAUUACAUCAACCAAUAGAUUCAUUCGUUUUUUUAGUUUAUACAGUUCUGUGAAACGAAAGACUAAGUAUGGAAACCUUUCAUAUUACGCGUUUAACACGCUGCCUUAAGCAUUUGAAUCAUCAUGAAUUGCAUAAAUUAUUUAUAAUUGUUUAAUAUAAUUUGUUAAAUAUAUGUAAUA